AUGGACUUAAUACAAGUAUGGAUAUUUGUUUCAUUUUUAACUUGUGUAACCUGUCAGGAUCCUGUUGCGAAUUUACCUCAAGGUCGGGUUGUAGGGAUAAAAGUGUUUACUGAGAAUUCAUUUACACCCAUUGAAGCAUUUUUUGGAAUACCAUACGCAGCACCGCCAAUUGGCAGAUUAAGAUUUUCUCCACCGGAAAGGCAUACAGGUUGGAGGAGGACAUUAUUUGCUCAUCGUAUGCAUCCACGUUGUCCCGAUUCUGGCAAUAAUACUGAUGUCAGCGAAGAUUGUCUUUAUCUUAAUAUAUGGGCCCCACGGAGAGUAGAGGGUAAACAAAUGCCAGUAGUAAUUGUACUGUAUAGUGAGUCUUGGAUACAAAACGGUGUUAAUUUGCCUUGCCAAGAACUAGCUGCGGGCGGUCUAGUAGUUGUAACUGUAGCUUAUAGACUUCAUAUUUUAGCGUUUUUUACUCUUAAAUCUAUUACCGCGCGAGGUAAUCUUGCACUAUUAGAUCAGUAUAUGGCUUUGAUAUGGAUACGUGAAAAUAUUGCAGCCUUUGGAGGUAAUCCUAAUUCUAUAACUUUGAUGGGUCACUCUGCUGGUGCGGAUAGUGUCCUUCUUCACAUUGUAUCACCAAGAUCAAUAGGUUUAUUUCAUCGUGCUAUAAUAAUGUCUCCUCAAAAUGUUUGGAAGGCAAUCGAGAAAAGUAUUCCUCAGAAUAAUUCUCUACCUGAAACGUUGUCUCGAAAAAUAAUACAUUCUUUAGGAUGCUCGAACAGCAACGACAACGAAAUACUUCAAUGUUUGAAAAUUAGAUCACUAACGGAUCUAAUGGCUUUAUACAAGGUCGAUUGGACGAAUGCACUUCAACCCAACCCUGAUUAUUAUCUACCCGAAUCAGAACAAUAUUCACCAAGAACACUAUCAGCAGCGUUAGCUUCAACAAAAUCUUCAAUUGAAGUUGAUGUUCUUUUAGGAACAGUAGAUUUAGAAGCAAUAAAUUAUGAAUACAAAUAUGAGGAUUUCCUGAAAGAAGAUAGUAAUCACGUAUUCGAUUACGCAAUUUCUACUCUUAUUCCAAAUCUUCUUAGUUUGUUAUCUUUAGAUCGAUCGGAAAAUUCAGCACUUCUAACACAGAUAAUUCAGUGGCAGUUCUUGGGUCUUAAAAAACAUAUAGAAGAUGAGAAAGAUAUGUUUAAUUUAAUAGAAGCUAUUGCAAGAAUGGAGUCGUCUGCGAAAUGGGGAGCUGGAUCUGCACUUCUGGCGGCCAGACUUGCUCGAAAAAUAUCACAUAAUUUAUACGUUUAUCACUAUUCACAAGCAUCCAGUGUGGAUUUAAGUGGACGAACAUUUAAUUUUACAGGAGCAACACACGGGGCUGAACUCAUAGCACUAUUAGGGGAUUCCCUAAUGCUUCAAGUCGCCCGUCGGCCAGCGUCUCAAAGUGAAAAAGAAAUAUCAAACAAAUUUAGACAAUAUGUUACGAAUUUUGUUAAAUUUGGGUCGCCAGAUAGUCAGAAACAAUGGCCAAAAUAUAUAGUGGGUGACUCAUACAUUCAUGAAAUAUGCCAUAACAAGAUUUCUGAAUGCAACACGGAUAAAAGUACUAAGGAUAUAGAUUUCUGGCUACAAUACUUACCUCGUUUAGCUAACAGACUAUCAUCAAAUGAACAAGCUGAGAAAAUUACUAGUGGGAAUGGUGACAACCGAUUUCGUGGUGGCGUGUUAGCAAUGUGUGGAGUUUCAUUUAUGCUUUUAUUGUUAUUAGGUAUUAGUAUUGCAGUGAUUUAUACAUGGCGCACUCGUAGACCCCUGAUAUCGAUUCUCAUG